AUGAGCACCAUCUGGCGCCCAGACUUGUUGAACGAGGAUCCCGUCGUCGUCAAGGAAGAGUCCGACGACGACCACCACCAGCCCCCCGCCGUCAACGUCGAACCUCCCGCGGACGACGAUGGGGACGACGAAAACACGGAGGAUCUCGCGGGGAAGAUGUCGACGAUUUGGCGACCCAACCUCGGCCGGCUGUACGCCAGCGUCGCCGAGAUGGAGGGAUCGGAGAGCGAAGAGGAGGAGAAGGAUGCGACGAAGAAGGGCGUGAAGCGGAAGAGGGCCCCUCACACAAAGGGGCCAUGCGAGCACGGGGUGAAGUACCGGUCGAAUUGCAAGGUGUGCAGCGCUUGUCCCCACGGGAAGUGGCGCCGUUUUUGCAAGGAGUGCGGCGGGUCUCAAAUCUGCGAGCACGGCCGUCAGCGCUCUAAGUGCAAGGAUUGCGGUGGUGGUGGAAUCUGCAAGCACGGUCGUCGGCGCUCUAGGUGCAAGGAGUGCGGUGGGGGCUCGAUCUGCGAGCAUGGUCGUCGGCGCACUCAGUGCAAGGAGUGCGGCGGGUCAGCAAUCUGCGAGCACGGUCGUCAGCGCGCUCAUUGCAAGGAGUGCGGCGGAUCAGCAAUCUGCGAGCACGGUCGCCGGCGCUCUCGGUGCAAGGAGUGCAAGAAAUAG